UGGAGCGACAGGUCUCGGGCCCUCAGGCGGAGUGGCGGGCGCCGGACCCCCAGGUGGAGGAGCGACAGGUCUCGGGCCCUCAGGCGGAGCGGCGGGCGCCGGACCCCCAGGCGGUGCGACAGGUCUCGGGCCCUCAGGCGGAGCGACAGGUCUCGGGCCCCCAGGCGGGGGGCGGCGGGCGCCGGACCCCCAGGCGGAGCGACAGGUCUCGGGCCCCCAGGCGGAGCAGCGGGCACCGAGUCACCAGGCACGACAGUGGGCUCCGAGUCAACUGGCAUGACCGCUGGCACUAGGUCAGACAUUGGAUCGUCUGGCUGGACAGCGGGCAUCGGGUCACCAGGCAUCAGGUCAUUUGGCUCGACAGCGGGCACCGUGUCAUCUGGCAAGGCAGUGGGCUCCGAGUCAACUGGUAUGACCGCGGGCACUGGGUCAGACAUUGGAUCGUCUGACCGGACAGCGGGCAUCGGGUCACCAGGCAUCAGGUCAUUUGGCUCG